AUGGGGCAAGGGAAUCCUGAUGAGAGACUGGUGUAUCUGGCCUGCCAGCAUAUCUUCCGUGGCGAUGCUUCAAACGUCCGAAAAUUGAAGGUUAUUAAGGGAUUGAUCAGAGAGGAUGGGAAGCCUUCCCUCGCGGAUAUUCUACGGCAAUAUAAUAUCAAGAAGAUCAGCACCGUCGCCAAAAAGCUGCUUGAGGAAGAAAUAUUUGGGAAUAAUUCAAACGCCAAAAUGCGAUUCCCAGAUUUGUUUCACGUCUCACCGACCCAAAGCGCUAAAAGGCAGAUUUCAGAAGCAGAGGCUGCGCAAGGCGAAGCGAGUGCGGUAAAGGAGAUUCCCGAAAGGGAAGUAAAGCAUGUCGUGAUUGUUCCUCAACCAAAGCCAAAGGAUGAGGCAAACAGAGAACCAGAUAAAUCACAUUUGGAGCGGAACCGAAAUAUCAAUAAGGCCAUUCCGUCGCUUUACCCCGUUUAUGUGCAGUAUCGAUGUCAACAUCUCAUCACAACCACUAUACAAGAAUUAGUCGAGGAAAGUUGUUUUGAGUUUGCUCAGCAGCAUUUUCCUCACGUUUUGGAACUAAAUAACUGGGAUUGCCCUGAGUUGGUAGAACUGACCGAAUGGACCAAGUUACUCCCUCAGCAUUCUUUGCAUCCAGCGGGAGCCACAAAGAAACCAAUGGACGAGGUAUUUGGUCUCCUGCGUGACUUAAGACACUCUGCGGUCCACCGGCUUCGAAAGACUGCGACUGGUAUCGAACGACUUGCCGAAAAUGCUCAACUUUUCCUUGAAACAUUAGAGGAUGUGUUUCGCUCAGAAAAGGUAUCUGUGCUUCGAAGGGAGCUGAAAAGCGCAGUUGAAGAGCUCAGGCGCAACAAGGACCUCUUAGAAGGGAAUCUGCGCACGCAACUCGAGGAAAUACAUAAAAAGCGGGCUGAACUGGAUGCUUGUGAAAAAGAUGCAAUCGAAUCUAUGGGCCACGAAGACCUAAGAUGCCAAAACGAUAUCGGUAAAGGGCUGGAGAGUAUCGUUCUAAGGGUUAAGUCAAACGAAAAACAAGAUUGGAAAGGAAAGGGAAAGUUGUCUUAUAUGGACCCAGACUUGUACGGAUCGGAGAAAGGGUUUCUCGCGGCGAAUUUGACAACCUAUAGCCCUGAAUUCUGA